GGUUUUUUUUCAGCGCGUGUUUUUUUGUUCGUAUAAAAACGUUUUUGCUCUUAAUUUGUUAUUAAAACAGCGCUAACAUAAUGUCAAAACGCCGCAUUGAGGUGGGUGAAACCUACAUGAGCAAUUCCAAAAAAAAAUCCGAUGCCGCCUCAACAUCAGCAUCAGCGGCCGCCACAACUGGAGUUGUGGCCCCAGUGCUUGGCGGCUUUGUGCCCAGCAAGCAGCCCCCCACCAUGAAUCCAUUCACAAACAAGCCCUACUCGGUGCGCUAUCAAAAUUUGUAUAAAAAGCGCAUAGCACUGCCUGUCUUUGAGUAUCAGGCGGAUUUUAUGCGGCUGCUGAAUAAUCAUCAGUGCAUAGUACUUGUGGGCGAGACGGGUUCGGGUAAAACUACACAGAUUCCACAAUGGUGUGUGGACUUUGCUGUAUCUAAGGGACGCAAGGGUGUCUCCUGCACACAGCCUCGUCGUGUGGCUGCCAUGUCCGUGGCACAGCGUGUGUCUGAGGAAAUGGAUGUCGUGCUGGGCGAGGAAGUGGGCUAUUCUAUACGUUUUGAGGAUUGCUCCACGGCCAAGACGCUGCUCAAGUAUAUGACAGACGGUAUGCUGCUGCGUGAAGCAAUGUCAGAUCCGAUGUUAGAGCAAUAUCAGGUUAUAUUGCUGGACGAGGCUCACGAACGUACGCUGGCUACAGAUAUACUUAUGGGUGUGCUUAAGGAGGUUAUUCGUCAACGCAGUGAUCUGAAAUUGGUGGUGAUGUCUGCCACGCUUGAUGCCGGCAAGUUCCAACAGUACUUUGAUAAUGCACCGCUUAUGAAUGUACCUGGACGCACGCAUCCGGUAGAGAUUUUCUAUACACCUGAGCCGGAACGUGAUUACUUGGAGGCAGCUAUACGUACUGUGAUUCAAAUACACAUGUGCGAGGAGAUUGAGGGCGAUAUACUAAUGUUCCUCACGGGUCAGGAGGAGAUCGAAGAGGCCUGCAAGCGCAUCAAACGUGAAAUUGAUAACCUGGGCUCAGAAAUAGGCGAACUCAAGUGCAUACCACUGUAUUCCACUUUGCCGCCAAAUCUACAGCAGCGCAUAUUCGAGCCCGCACCGCCGCCCAAUGCAAAUGGCGCCAUUGGACGCAAAGUGGUGGUGUCUACCAACAUUGCUGAAACCUCGCUUACUAUUGACGGCGUUGUCUUUGUCAUCGAUCCUGGUUUUGCCAAGCAAAAAGUUUAUAAUCCACGCAUACGCGUGGAGAGUUUACUUGUCUCACCCAUAUCUAAGGCCUCGGCUCAGCAGCGUGCGGGACGUGCUGGACGUACCCGGCCUGGCAAGUGUUUCCGCUUGUAUACGGAGGCAGCUUUUAAAAAUGAAAUGCAGGACAACACAUAUCCUGAGAUUCUACGCUCCAAUUUGGGAACUGUGGUGCUACAGCUUAAGAAACUGGGCAUUGAUGAUUUGGUGCACUUUGAUUUUAUGGACCCACCUGCACCAGAGACGUUAAUGCGUGCGCUGGAGUUGCUCAACUAUUUGGCUGCAUUAGAUGAUGAUGGCAAUCUCACAGAUUUGGGCGCUGUUAUGUCGGAAUUUCCACUGGAUCCACAACUGGCCAAGAUGCUCAUUGCCAGUUGUCAGCAUAAUUGCUCCAAUGAGAUACUUUCUAUUACGGCUAUGCUGUCGGUGCCACAAUGCUUCGUGCGUCCCAAUGAGGCCAAGAAGGUGGCCGAUGAGGCCAAAAUGCGUUUCGCUCACAUCGAUGGAGAUCACUUAACAUUGCUGAAUGUCUAUCAUGCCUUCAAGCAGAGCAGUGAGGAUCCCAACUGGUGUUAUGAUAACUUUAUCAACUUUCGUUCGCUGAAGAGCGCUGACAAUGUGCGUCAGCAGUUGGCUCGCAUUAUGGAUCGGUUUAGUCUGAAGCGCACCAGCACGGAAUUUACGUCAAAGGACUAUUAUGUCAACAUACGCAAGGCUCUGGUGCAGGGCUUCUUUAUGCAGGUGGCUCAUUUGGAGCGCACGGGACACUACUUAACCAUCAAGGACAACCAGAAUGUGCAGCUGCAUCCCUCAACGUGCUUGGAUCACAAGCCCGAUUGGGUUAUCUACAAUGAGUUUGUGCUCACCACCAAGAACUAUAUACGCACGGUUACAGAUGUAAAGCCGGAAUGGUUGCUGAGCUUGGCGCCGCAGUACUACGAUCUAAAUAACUUUCCACAGGGCGAGGCCCAGCGGCAACUGGAGCUGCUGCAGCAGCGCAUGGAGACCAAGCAGUACCAGAAGGGCUUCUAAGCCGCUUGCACCAACCACAACAACAACAAAACAUUUCUUUUAGAAUUAAUCAAUAUUUGAAAUGGGCAGUUAAUUAAGUAGUCAUGCAGUUUGCUUUAAUGUUUACAUUUUGUGGAAUUAUUAACUACAAACAACAAAAACAAAUUUAUGACAAACAAAAUAUUU